CGGGUCUGUAAGGGCCGGAAACUUGCGCAUUAAGUCUACUCGGGGAUCUUCGGUUCUCGAUCGGAUCAUCUUUCCACAAAAUUGUUCAUUGCCCCGACAAUGUCCCUAGUCAAUCUUAAAUCUAGUGACCUGUACGAUCAACCCAUAAAUCUGUGGAAAACCAAACAGCGGGUUCAUUACCACCACGAUGUGGUGUCCAGAGAAAAAAACAACCAAGCUACCGCCGAUGGCUGUGAAUACAUAACCCUAAGUGUACCAAAGAAAGCCUCGUUUUCGCGCUCCCCCCCGAGCUCGCUGCCCCCGUCUAUCCCGGGGACCCCACCCCACUUGGGUGCUGCUACCUCCAGCCAAGUGGUCCGCUACGCCAGGACCUCGUGCGAUCACUGCGGACACCACCAGAUUCCGGUCAUGUCACCGCACCCCAUCUCCCCGCUGGCCAAGUCCCAAACAAAUCUGGACCUCGUGGAGCACGCCAGCCAGCGCCAGGCCCUGCUCCCCCUGCCGACGAUCGGAGUCCAUCGCGAGGACUCUGCCUGCACUCUUCAGGUGUCCCGGAGGCCCUCACUCCUUCUCCAGGAAAUUCUCACACAGCGACCGCCGAUCUACGGCCGAAAGGACGCUUUUCUCACACCACGGAUAGCCAGAAAUGGAAACUUGCCAGAAACCGCCAGCGGCAGUACCGCAACCAUAAACUUACAAAGUGGAAUGACGAGCGUCAGAAAUGGAUCGACAGCCUUCUUCGACAAUGGAGCCAAGAGCUUUCAGGCUAAGCAACAAAAGGAAAAGAACCGGCGGACCGGAAAUGACGCCAUAAGUUCGGCAUUGUCGGCCACCUAUUGCAAACUUUUGGUUCUGCUCGGCGUGUGUCUGCCAAUCACUGAAGUGAUAUCGGAUCAGAUACCGACCUACGUUUACCAGGGAUUCUACGUGUACCUCUACUGCGGCAGUAUACUGUUUGUGGUAUUUCUUUACAUUAGUGCCUUUCGCCAUAGAUCGCUCUUCAAUGCCCUAAAGGAGUACCAUGAGAAGAACAGCAAUGUGCAUUUGAAGCAUAAAGUGACCCACUUUGGUAGCUUCUACUUGAGGGUAGGAGCCAUAGCCUUUGCCAUUGGCACAAUGGUCUACUCUGGCCUAGAGUUCGGUCAGUUCUUUGAACUCAAUGGCCAUCCUGGCUGCCGAGACGUCUUCGUGGCAAUCACGCCCAUUUGCCGCAUGGUGCUGUGCAUCGCCCAGGUGCAGUUCAUCUUUCUGAACACCACCUACAUGGACAUGGCCCGGCACAAGGUGACCUCGCGGUUUGGGCUGAUGCACAUGGUGGCCACCAACUUAUGCGAGUGGCUGUACGUCCUGGUGGAGGAGACCAAGCACGAGAUUUUUCACAUCAGUCAGCACGAAGUGGAUCCGGCCCACGAUCUUGUGGUCCACAAUCAUAAUAGAACCGACUGGGCGGCGGUCAACGAGUCCUUGCACUUGCACCACCACAGCCACUCGCACCUGACGGUCAGGGAUCCUCUGAACAACACCGUUCUGGCCACAAAUGUGAGCUCUAUCAUUGCAAACAUAACUGUGACGCCCUCCCCCACAGCAGCCACUGUGUUUAGUGGCUGUUCCCGUACUACGAUUAUGGGCUCCUUGGUCCAGCAGCUCUCCCCCUUCCUCUUUCCCUGCACCAUCGAGUACUCGCUGAUAUGCGCUGUUAUUCUCUUUGAAAUGUGGAAGACGGUGAAGUCCAUUCCGGACAUCGACAAGUCCCGCAAGAACUCCGUUAAACCGGUGACCCAGAAACCGGCUCACCACUUCUCGGUGGACUGCUCGCAAUCGCACAAGGGCCUCUUCUUCGGUAUUUUGAUCAUUGUGAUGACCAUCAUCUCUAUGAUUAUGUACUUUGUCCUCUACACCCAGCCUGGCUACGAGCUUAUUGCCACCCAGGAGGUCACCCUCUGGGAGACCUUUAUGUACUUCAUGUGUGCCUCGGCUGUGAUAACGGGCAUGUUCCUGAUGCGGGAUCUUCGCUACAUCAAGGACACCAGCGACGAGCAUCACUCCAUGGACCUGGAUAACCUUCUCCUGAUUGUGGCCCAAACUGGGGUGUACCUGUAUGGCAUGUUCAGCAUCCUGGGCAGCUACUUCGCCAAGUGGGACACUGUCCCCGACCGGGUGGAAGGCAUUAUAGCCGAGGUAUUCGGGGUGGUGCAGACCUCCCUGCAGACGAUGUUCAUCCUCCACUCGAGCCACCGCCGGUGCAAGGGCGCCAAGCAGGUGCGGAGGAAGCCGGGCAGGGAAAUCAUCACCUUCCUGCUGGUAGCCAACAUCGCCAUUUGGUUCGUGAACACCCUCAUUAAAGGGCGGGCCGUGUUCCGGGAGAGCCACCUUGAGUUCUUCGGCGUCUGGGGGUGGACGAUCAUCACCCACAUUUCCAUGCCCUUGGCCAUAUUCUAUCGAUUCCAUUCCACGAUCUGCCUGUUCGAGGUCUGGAAGAUCACCUACAAGGCUAAGGCUCACUAGCCGCCGAACGAGCUUCUCGAUAAGUUUUCUCUAACUCUUGUCCUUUAACGCAAACUUUCGAAGAAAAUAGUUAAUUUAUGAAUAAGCGCAAAACUGUAAAAUUCCUUAAAUGUAUAAUAAA